GUGUUACGUCACCGUGGCGGAAGUCAAGGCAGCUGUGUUGAAAUCAGAUCGCCCGGUCUUAGAAGCUUCUGCUCACGCCGAGGCCAGCGACGGUCGGGCGGACCCCCGACGCCUACUCUGCAGCACUGCUGACCUGACGCCGCUGCCACGCCAUGUCCACCCCUCCGUUGGCUGCGUCAGGGAUGGCGCCCGGGCCCUUCGCCGGGCCCCAAGCCCAGCAGGCGGCCCGGGAGGUUAACACCGCAUCGCUCUGCCGGAUCGGGCAGGAGACGGUUCAGGACAUCGUGUACCGCACCAUGGAGAUCUUCCAGCUCCUGAGGAACAUGCAGCUGCCAAACGGUGUCACUUACCAUACUGGAACAUAUCAAGACCGGUUAGCAAAGCUACAGGAUCAUCUUCGCCAACUCUCUAUUCUCUUCAGGAAGCUGCGAUUGGUCUAUGAUAAAUGCAAUGAAAACUGCGGAGGGAUGGAUCCCAUUCCAGUAGAGCAACUUAUUCCAUACGUGGAAGACGAUGGCUCAAAGAAUGAUGACCGGGCCGGCCCACCUCGUUUUGCUAGUGAAGAGAGACGAGAAAUUGCUGAAGUCAAUAAAAAACUCAAACAGAAGAAUCAACAGCUGAAGCAAAUUAUGGAUCAAUUACGAAAUCUCAUCUGGGAUAUAAAUGCCAUGUUAGCAAUGAGGAACUAAACUGAUAUUUAAAUUUCCAGCAUUACACAUGUUAUACCAUUUUUUCCCCCCUCAAGUAUUUUUUCCCUUUAAAGAAGAUUAUUUUAUUCUAGUCACUAGAAUGAAAGUUUCUGUUUCUUUUUUUUUUUUUUUUUUGCGGUACGCGGGCCUCUCACUGUUGUGGCCUCUCCUGCUGCGGAGCACAGGCUCCGGACGCGCAGGCUCAGCGGCCAUGGCUCACGGCCCAGCCGCUCCGCGGCAUGUGGGAUCUUCCUGGACCGGGGCACGAACCCAUGUCCCCUGCAUCGGCAGGCGGACUCUCAACCACUGCGCCACCAGGGAAGCCCUCUGGCUAUGUUUUAUUCUAAACUCUAACCUGCCUGAGACAGACCCGGGUGGCUGAUGGCUGCCCUUCAGAAGGCUCUGCUCCCAGCCUUUCCGUGUCACACUCUGGCAAAUCCAGCACUGGCUUUGCCUCUUCCUCAACCUGGAUGCCCUGUCCUCCCUUCCUUCUGUCUGGUUAAAUCCUUAACAAUCCUUCAAGGCUCCUGUGAACCCACUGCUGGCCCUCACAUCUUUCCACACUGAUUUCCACCAUCUCUGAACUCUGCAGACUCCUGGGUCAAUCACAUCCUACCUUCUGCUCUUAUGUUCCAGCUUCAUGUGUGUGCUUUGUCUGCCCAGGUAGACGGAAAGCUCCCUGGGAUUCAGAUGAAUUUUCCCUCUUCCUCCACCCAGCACAAUGCUAUAACCAUCACAGAUAUUCAGUUAAUAGUGUUCAAACUUGUUUGAAUCAAAAUUCAUUUUAGUUCGUAAAUUUCUACUGAUUAGGAAAUGAUCUUUUUACUUUGUACGUUACCUUAAGCAGUUAUUUCUCUUUUCUUUUCACUAUUCUGGAUGCAAGAAACAAUACUUUUGAGGUCAAAAUAUUUCCAUAUUAAUGAUUAAAUUUAUACAUUAA